CUAAAAAAUACAUAAAAAAGUUUUAAAUUCAUUAAUAAACUAAAAUAAAUAAAUUAAGAAUGACACAAAGAACAAAGAGUGGUGGAAAACAAUCUCCAUUUGAUCGUUACGCUCGACAGGUUCUCAGACAAAAAAAUACUUCAUGACCCUGAAGACUUUGCUUCUUGGGGGUAUAAAAGCUUUUAGAUUCUCUUGGAUCAUCACAGUUAGCCUUCAACUUGCUUGCAGUUCGAAUCGCAAUACACAAACCCUCAACUCUAUAAUCAUGUUCAAGCUGUGUGUCUUCUUCGGAAUUUUGGCUGUUGCUGCCGCUGCCCCAGCUCCAGCUCCAGCUCCAGGACCAUCACCAUUAUUUGAAACGUAUGCUGCUCUUCCUGCAGCACUUCCUGUGGCAUCAAGUAGCCAACAAUUCGUUAGAAACUACAAUACAUACGCUGCUGCUCCACUUACUUAUGCUGCACCUCUUUCAUACAACGCCUAUGCUUAUCAUCCUGCUCCAGCUUACUAUAUCUAAGUCAACAUUGAUAACUCAAAAAAUCCCAUCAUUUCAUUUUUAAAAAAUAAUUUUUUUAUUUUUGGCUCUGUAUAUGCAUCAUAAUUCUAAAUUUAUAAUUAAACUGAAAAAUAAACCAGA